UCAUCCUCCUCUACUUUCCUUCCUUCCUUCCCUCCUUCCUUCCUUCUCAUCAUCCAAUUUGCACACUGCUAGAUCCCACCUCCAUUUGUGUGUCCUAUCUACAUCUGCUCAUCACAGUCUCCUUCUCUCUCUCUGCUGGCGCAGCUUGGUUACCUCUGCGUGGCUGACCCAGGCAGACUUUUUCGAGUGAGGGUGGGCACAGAAGAAAGAGAAAGACAAAGAGUUAGCCCAUGCGAGCAGCGUGUGGACUGAGUGCAGCUGUUUCGUUCAGAGCAGAGCCCAACAUGUGAGAAGAUGUCUGUUGGAGGUUGUGCUUGUCCCGGCUGUUCGUCAAAGUCAUUCAAGCUGUACUCUCCUAAGGAGCCCCCCAACGGCGGCAGCUUUCCCCCCUUCCAUCCAGGCGCUAUGCUGGACAGAGAUGUUGGGCCUACACCCAUGUACCCCCCAUCAUACAUGGAGCCUGGAAUGGGGAGACCCACACCGUACGGGAACCAGACAGAUUACCGGAUAUAUGAGCUGAACAAAAGGCUACAGAAUUGGACAGAGGAUUGUGACAAUCUCUGGUGGGAUGCCUUCACCACAGAGUUCUUUGAGGAUGACGCCAUGCUCACCAUCACGUUCUGUCUGGAAGAUGGACCAAAACGAUACACAAUCGGCAGGACGUUGAUUCCGCGAUACUUUCGAAGUAUUUUUGAGGGGGGCGCCACGGAGUUGUUCUAUGUGUUGAAACACCCAAAGGAGUCCUUCCACAGUAACUUUGUGUCUCUCGACUGUGACCAGUGCACCAUGGUGACCCAGAACGGCAAACCCAUGUUCACACAGGUGUGUGUGGAGGGCCGCCUGUAUCUAGAGUUCAUGUUUGAUGACAUGAUGAGGAUCAAGACGUGGCACUUCAGCAUCAGACAACACCGAGAGGUCCUACCAAGGAGCAUUUUGGCUAUGCAUGAUCCCCAAAUGCUCGAUCAGCUGGCUAAAAAUAUCACCAGAUGUGGGCUAUCCAACUCCACGCUCAACUACCUCCGUCUAUGUGUGAUAUUGGAGCCCAUGCAAGAGUUGAUGUCAAGGCAUAAGACCUAUAGCUUGAGCCCCAGAGACUGCCUAAAGACGUGCCUCUUCCAAAAGUGGCAAAGAAUGGUAGCACCUCCAGCUGAGCCAGCCAGACAAGCGCCAAACAAGCGGCGGAAAAGGAAGGUGUCCGGUGGAAGCACCGUGAGCUCUGGUGGUGGCAGCAAUAACAACAGCAACAGCAAAAAGAAGAGUCCAGCCAACAGCUUUUCACUCUCCAGCCAGGUACCUGACCUGGUUGGAACAAAAACCUGUACAGUGCCGGAGCUUGAGGACCGGAGUUGAGAACCACUACGCUAAAUCUUAAACACACACACACACACAUCCAGACCAGUACACACACACACACACACACACACACACACACACAUCCAGACCAGUACACACACACACACACACACACACACACACACACACACACACACACACACACACACACACACACACACACUUACAUAUAUACACAUCCUCACAUUCAAAUACUCACUCACUCUCCUACAGCAUAAAAAAUUGAGGUACUGGAGAGAGGUGGUACGCAGCAUGUCUGGACCAGAGCACCAGAUGCUACAGAAGUGUGUUUUCAUUUUCUAUGUUUUAGACCUGUUUUGAAUUGUUUUUAUUUUUGUAAACAAUUUCUAAAAACUAAACAGACAAGCAAGCAAACAAAAACACCCCAGACUAUUCUUUGCACUGUUUUCCACUAUUAACUCCCAAUCUAUUUUUCUUAUGAAUUGACAGUGUAUUUUUUUUUUCUAUUAUUGCUAAUGUAAGAAUUGUAAAACAUCUGAAACCUGCAGUAUAUUAAUGUAUACGUAUUGCUGUUAGAUCAUUCUUAUUGUGAUGGUAAUAACUUCCAUGUAAGUCUGUGCUUAAUAUAAUGUCACCUAUCUGUGUCAGCCAUCACACUGUCAUCAGGUCCAUUGGCUUCAGUGCUAGAAGGGAGAACAAGGCUAGUGUUUUAAUACUGUACUCCCAUCUUGUUUGAUGUGAGUCCAAAGCAGCACACUGGAAACAUUUUCCCCACUAACAUCCAGCGCCUGGUUUGGAUCUGUUGACUUGUUAUUGCAGAACUGUUUGCUUUGUCUUGAAUCUCUAUCUGGGGGUCCUCUCUUCAGAGAACAUAAUAACAGAAAACUUCUCAAAUUUGCUACUCAAAAAUAUUUUAAAAACAAGUUUUGACAGGAUUGUAAAAUAAGAAAAAAAAAAGACUUUUGUAUUAACUUAAGUUUCCCAGAAAUGUUUUUAAUCAAGAUUAAGAAAGCUGCAGACCAAGGAGCUACAUGUAAAGAUUCUUUAGAUAUUGAUUACACUGUGCUGUUUUAUGUUUUAUGACGAAUCAUUUUGUUGGCUUUACUCAUGUUUGUGUCUGUGCUUGUAUAUUUUUAGGUAGUCAUUUCUGUAAAAGUUAUUCAACGUAUCCCUCCCUAGAAUUAUGAGAAACUUAAUCUAAUGUAAAGAGAUGAAAAGCCCUCUUAAGUCUUUUUAAAUGUGAUAUUUUUAACAGUACAAUCACUGAUAAAAGAAUUUUGCCCUCAUUUUAGCAAACUGUAUUUAUUUUUAUAUGUACUGACAUUUCUGUUUAGGUCCAACCCACCUGUAUUAUACUCAUGAUGAUAUAUGGAGGAGUUUGUGGGGCUUCUGAGUCAGUUAAUGCUAAUACAGGUCAUUCCAUUACUUGUGUUUUUUGACAUGGCACUCCCAGGUCGUUCUGGCCAGUUUAUCACUAUGGUCAAGUAUGUUAUCAUAUAAGAGAUCGCCAUUUUCUGCUGUUGGAGGUACCUGGUCUAUCUGAAAACCUAUCAGAUGCACUAAAAACCAAUAAAUAAUCACAUUUAGAAAAAAUAUUAACCUCGAAGUCAUCCUUUUUUAUUUUUGUAAAGUUGCUCUAUUUUAUGGCGAGUCAUCCUCUGAUGCUGGGAAUGUUCCACAAUGGAGCAACCUUCAGUGCAUUUUGAUCAAAUUUACCUAAACCUUCAAUGAUUUUUGUGGUUUUUGUCUUGAAAUUUAUGUGAUGUUUUUUCAGAUACAUUUCAAAUCUGUACCUGGAAAAUGGAUAUUUCAUUAAUGGUAAUAUGCUGCUGACCAUUGACAUUAAAUCUUGUCGUAGGGGGGGAAAAAGACUCACUAGGCUUGACCUUUUAGCUGCUGUGUCAGGGUUUUCUGUUUAUGUACAUGAUGUAAAGUGUUGCCUAACUAGUGGGCUUCAGCAUCACCCAGCAGCUGAUAGCUAUUUUAAAGUAAUGUGCAGACUCGCCCAGUAGGGGUCUCCCAGAGCACCAGGACAGACUGAGCAGCCUGUCAGAAAUUCUCCAUUAUUAUAUCUGCGGGAUAUGCCGUCUGUAAAACCAUACAGAGUCUUUAGCACCACUAGUCUACUUUUGUGGUGUAUCUACUAAGCAGGCUGACACAGAAUUGAAUCUAAGGGGAACUUUUCAUCACCCUGUGUUUCCCAAGUUGACAUAAUUUAGGGAAUAAGGGUUUGUGAUAUGUGAGACGGAGCUGAAAUGGCCAUUCACCCAUAGCUGGCUCCUGUAGCACCUCACCAUACGGGUGCUUUUAUAUCUAUAUAUUUUUUGCCAGUUUUCUGUCAUUGAUAAUUCAUGUAUGGCAUCAAUAAAUUGAAUUUUCACUGAAAAACUUUUA